AUGUCACACUUACCACACGGUAUCGUUCAAACCACCACCAGUUCAGCAACAAUGAAUUCAGCUGCAAAUAUGGCCGCAGCAGCGUACUUCAAGAAUGCGGCAGGUGCUUACCCGACACCAGCGCAUAUGACCGGAGCCACUGCUCUUAGCUUUGCAGCCAAUCCACCAGCGCACAAUUUCUUAUCGACUGGAAUGGGCUAUUUUGGUAGUACGUUGGCGAAUUGCGAGGCACCAAUUGCAUGGAACGGCAUUUCACGGAGGAAGCAACGCCGUGAGCGAACGACCUUCACGCGUGGCCAACUGGAAAUCUUGGAGAGUCAUUUCGCGAAGACACGAUACCCAGAUAUAUUCAUGCGAGAGGAUAUCGCUCGAAGGAUUCGACUUCCUGAAUCCAGAGUUCAGGUAUGGUUCAAAAAUCGACGUGCUAAAGCACGACAUCAGAAGAAAGUUAUUCAGCAACACAUCGCAGCUCAGCAUUCGUCCAGCACAAGUGAUAGUGUGUUAUGUGCUAGUUCAAGCAAUAACAAUCGAUCUUCAGUAUCUGAAGGAGGCAGUCGCUGUGGAUCUGGGAUGGAGAAGGUUGAGAUUGAUUCGAUUGACAGCAAAAUGCCUCGAACGCACCCACCCACCACGUGUAUCGGCGCUGAUGUUCCAAUAUCAUCUGGAGGAUACGCUUUCAGACAGGGUUACGGCUAUAACGGCAAUCAAAGUAUCUCGGCAGUCACUCCGGUCGAAUAUUUCCAAUGUACACCACAGCAAGUGAGCACAGCAGCUAACUGUGCAAUUGCAGACUCAUGGAAGCUCUGCUAA